GCGCCCCGCGGAGAUGCGGCUGCUCCCGGAAUGGCUUCUCCUGCUCUUUGGCCCGUGGCUCCUGAGGAAGGCCGUCAGUGCCCAGAUCCCAGAGUCCGGGAGACCGCAGUACCUGGAGCUGCGCCCCGCCGCGGCCGGAGGGGGCGCCCCGGGCCACCAGCUCCGCGCGCCCAGGUCUUCCGACGGCCUGGGCACCGCGGGCGCCUGGAGCUGGGCCUGGCCGGCUAACCACACCGGGGCCCUGGCCCAGGCGGGGGUGGCGAGGGCGCUGCCAGCGCAGCGCACCAAGAGAAAGCCGUCCAUCAAAGCGGCCCGCGCCAAAAAGAUCUUCGGCUGGGGGGACUUCUACUUCCGGGUGCAUACCCUCAAGUUCUCGCUGCUAGUGACCGGCAAGAUCGUGGACCAUGUGAACGGUACCUUCAGCGUGUACUUCCGUCACAACUCGUCCAGUCUGGGCAACCUCAGCGUCAGUAUCGUGCCGCCCUCCAAGCGCGUAGAGUUUGGGGGCGUCUGGCUGCCGGGGCCCGUCCCCCACCCUCUGCAGUCUACGCUAGCCCUAGAGGGGGUGCUCCCUGGGCUUAGGCCCCCGCUGGGGAUAGCAGCCACGGGGCCGGGAUUAGGGGGUCCCCUCGGGGGCGCGCUGGCGGGCCCCCUUGGGGGCGCGCUGGGAGUGCCCGGGGCCAAAGAGUCCCGCGCUUUCAAUUGCCAUGUGGAGUAUGAGAAGACGAACCGCGCGCGCAAGCACCGCCCGUGCCUGUACGACCCGUCGCAGGUGUGCUUCACCGAGCACACGCAGAGCCAGGCUGCCUGGCUGUGUGCCAAGCCCUUCAAAGUCAUCUGCAUCUUCGUCUCCUUCCUCAGCUUUGACUACAAACUGGUGCAGAAGGUGUGCCCAGACUACAACUUCCAGAGCGAGCACCCUUACUUUGGAUAGCGCGCCCCGCCCUCGCCUGGUCCUGAGCUUCCCGCCCAAUCCCGGCCUCCCUGAGUGGGACCCCUCCCCGUGCUCCGCAGCUCCUGAGGCCGCGUCCACCCCUUCCACUCUGGGGUAGGAGGGGAACAGCCCUCCCGGGGACCAUCAGCCGAGGUGGGUCCCCUUUUCCUUAUGGGGAGUGCCCGUGAAGCUGGGGGUAGCCCCCUCCCGCUACACCCCGAAGUGGAGGGGUAAGAGCACCGCCCCAGAGUAGGCGGGGCUUGGAGGCGGUCCCAGCGCCCCCUACGUCCGCAUUGGGUCCCCAUUAUGCUCCUGGCGCUGGGCUGGACGCUGUUCCGCCCGCAGCUUUGAUAACGCCUGGCCUGGCACCCUCGUCCCACCCUGACUUUCUUACCCUCAGGCGUUCGUCCUCCCGCUCCGCUCUGUCCCUGUGUAGACUGUAAAGGCCUAUAAACCCGGCCUAUCCCUCUCCCCUUCCGCCUGCCGUAUGCCUGUCCCCCUUUCCCCGUUAGGGUAGGGGAAGCAGAACUCCUGGGCGUAGGCGAUCGACUCUGGCCCCUGCCCUCUGCCGCCUCCCUCCCGUCUCUGCAGUCCUGCUCCACCUGCCCCUUUUCGGCUGCUUCCUCUGGUGAUAUUUUUUCUAUGCCAAAACAGACGGGGAA